AUGAGAUAUAUCAUACCUUUAUUAAUUAUCAUAAUCUCAUACUAUUAUUAUUAUCAACAACAACAACAAACAAUGAAUAAAUUACCAGUUAUAAUUAUCGGAACAGGAUUAUCAGGACUUUCAACAAGUUUUAAAUUAUUAGAACAAAAAAUCCCAGUUGUAUUAGUUGAUAAAUUAACUAAAUUUGGUGGGAAUUCUAUUAAGGCAUCAUCAGGUAUAAAUGGUAUUCAAACCAAUACACAACUGCAACAAGGUGUCCAGGAUUCUUUUGAAGAAUUUUUAAAUGAUACGGUUAAAUCAAGUGGGUUUAAAGGUGAUUUGGAUUUACAAAAAAAAUUAGUAUCAGGUAGUAAUAGGGCUAUUAAUUGGUUACAAAAAGAUAUUGGAGUUGGGUUGGAUUUGGUUAAUAGAUUAGGUGGACAUUCUCAUGAGCGAACUCAUAGAUCAACAGGAAUCCCACCAGGUUUUGAAAUCAUAUCAAAAUUAAAAUCAAAAAUUUUAGAAUAUGAAGAUCAAGGAUUAGAAUUAAUGAUGGGAUGGAAAUUAAUUGAUAUUAAAAUUGAAAAAGGUCAAAUUCAAGGUGUCUUUUUACAAAAUGAACAAAGAGAGAUCAAGUAUAUCAAAACAAAUCAUUUAAUCAUGGCAACUGGUGGGUUUAGUUAUUCUCAAGAGUUAUUAUCCAAGUAUAGACCUGAUUUAAUUAAUUUCCCAACAACAAAUGGUGAACAAACCCUUGGAGAAGGACAAAUCUUAUUGGAAAAGAUUGGUGCACAAUUAAUUGAUAUGGAUAAAAUUCAAAUCCAUCCAACUGGGUUUAUAAACCCUAGUGAUCCUGAGAAUAGAUGGAAAUUUCUUGCAGCUGAAUCUCUUAGAGGUAUUGGUGGUGUUUUGUUAAAUAUUGAUCAAUUGGAAAGAUUUAUUGAUGAAUUAACUACAAGGGAUAAAGUUACAGAAGGGAUCUUGAAGCAGAAAGACCAGAAGGCAUAUUUGGUAUUGAAUGAAGAUAUGUAUUUGGAUUUUAAAUUUCAAUUAGAUUUUUAUAUCAAGCAAGGAUUAGUGAAGAAAGGUACUUUGAAAGAGUUAUUUAAUGAGGAUUCAACCAAGGUUCAUAAUGUAUUAAUCAAUUAUUCCCAAAAUGAGAUAGAUCCAUUAGGAAGAUCUUUUAAAGCUCAUUCAUUCAAUAACAUCACAGUGGAUACUGAGAUCUAUUUAGCUACCAUAACACCAGUUGUUCAUUUCACAAUGGGAGGUGUUAAGAUCAAUUCAGAAGGACAAGUUUUAGAUACACAGGGACAAUUGAUCCAAGGGUUAUUCGCAGUAGGAGAAAUCAGUGGUGGAGUUCAUGGAGAGAAUAGAUUAGGAGGGAACUCGUUGUUGGAAUGUGUAGUGUUUGGAUUGGGAGUUGGUGAGUUUAUAGGUGGUAGAUAUUGA